UUGAAAAUGUUUCACUUGUUGCAAAUGUAUUUCGGUGGUCGAUUGCACCUUUUCACGUCGUCAUCAAAAAGUGACGGUAUUCCCCGGAAAUAAGGACAGUUUCAUUAUUUUUUUUGCAGAACUGCGUUGAUUGCUGGAAAGAAACAUGUCUGGCAGUUUCUAUUACGUCAUGGUUGGUCAUCAUGACAACCCAGUCUUUGAAAUGGAGUUCUUGCCUGCUGGUAAAGCUGAGUCAAAGGAUGACCACCGGCAUCUGAACCAGUUCAUUGCACAUGCAGCUCUCGACUUGGUGGAUGAAAACAUGUGGCUGUCUAACAACAUGUACCUGAAGACUGUGGACAAGUUCAAUGAGUGGUUUGUCUCUGCGUUUGUCACCGCAGGACAUAUGAGAUUCAUCAUGCUUCAUGAUGUACGACAAGAAGAUGGAAUCAAAAACUUCUUUAAUGAUGUGUAUGAUUUAUACAUUAAGUUUGCAAUGAAUCCUUUUUAUGAAACCAAUGCUCCAAUCCGGUCGACGGCAUUUGACAGAAAAGUGCAGUUCCUUGGAAAGAAGCACCUCUUGAGCUAAUGAACCAACCUGAGUUCUGCACCUUUUUUGACUUUCUUCAUUGUGUUUAUCAUACACAUCAUUGGUCUACGAUCACCUGGUGGUUGUGUUUUCAUAAAUUCACUGUAUUACUUGCUUUAUUCUUACCAACCACAGUAUAAAAGAUAGCAGUGGGAAGUGUUUUAUAAUGAAUUAAUGGCAUGUGUGAGUGUCACCAGCAUUUUGAUAACAGUGACAUGGUCUCUGAGGUCUAGUUUGAUAAUAGUGUCAUGGUCUCUGAGGUCUAGUUUGAUAAUAGUGACAUGGUCUCUGAGGUCUAGUUUGAUAAUAGUGACAUGGUCUCUGAGGUCUAGUUUGAUAACAGUGUCAUGGUCUCUUGAGGUCUAGUUUGAUAAUAGUGUCAUGGUCUCUUGAGGUCUAGUUUGAUAAUAGUGUCAUGGUCUCUGAGGUCUAGUUUGAUAGUAGUGACAUGGUCUCUGAGGUCUAGUUUGAUAACAGUGACAUGGUCUCUGAGGUCUAGUUUGAUAACAGUGUCAUGGUCUCUGAGGUCUAGUUUGAUAAUAGUGUCAUGGUCUCUGAGGUCUAGUUUGAUAACAGUGACAUGGUCUCUGAGGUCUAGUUUGAUAACAGUGACAUGGUCUCUUGAGGUCUAGUUUGAUAACAGUGUCAUGGUCUCUGAGGUCUAGUUUGAUAAUAGUGUCAUGGUCUCUGAGGUCUAGUUUGAUAACAGUGACAUGGUCUCUGAGGUCUAGUUUGAUAACAGUGACAUGGUCUCUUGAGGUCUAGUUUGAUAACAGUGACAUGGUCUCUGAGGUCUAGUUUGAUAAUAGUGUCAUGGUCUCUGAGGUCUAGUUUGAUAAUAGUGACAUGGUCUCUUGAGGUCUAGUUUGAUAAUAGUGUCAUGGUCUCUGAGGUCUAGUUUGAUAACAGUGACAUGGUCUCUUGAGGUCUAGUUUGAUAACAGUGACAUGGUCUCUGAGGUCUAGUUUGAUAACAGUGACAUGGUCUCUGAGGUCUAGUUUGAUAAUAGUGACAUGGUCUCUUGAGGUCUAGUUUGAUAACAGUGACAUGGUCUCUUGAGGUCUAGUUUGAUAACAGUGACAUGGUCUCUGAGGUCUAGUUUGAUAACAGUGACAUGGUCUCUGAGGUCUAGUUUGAUAACAGUGACAUGGUCUCUGAGGUCUAGUUUGAUAACAGUGUCAUGGUCUCUGAGGUCUAGUUUGAUAAUAGUGACAUGGUCUCUGAGGUCUAGUUUGAUAACAGUGACAUGGUCUCUUGAGGUCUAGUUUGAUAACAGUGUCAUGGUCUCUUGAGGUCUAGUUUGAUAACAGUGACAUGGUCUCUGAGGUCUAGUUUGAUAAUAGUGACAUGGUCUGUAUGAGCUAGACCUUGAAUGAGCUUGGUUAAAACAUGUAUAUUUCAUUUCUGAUGUUUGUGAAAUGUUCUAUGUCUUACUGUCCAGAUUUUCUCAUCAAAACACUUUCCAAAUAAUUCACUAGCGUGCAUGUGUGUGCCUUUGCCAUACAAAGUAAUGGCAGAACAUUUCACUAAUCAUUAAGCAUGUACAAAGACCAGCCGAUGCAAACAAACACUCACAUUCUGCGUGUAAUCGAUCCUGUAUAUAUGCAGUAAUAUUCACCACACCAGAAAACAUUUCCCAAAUGACUUACUGCUGAAGUCUUAACUCUUAACUGAUAUCUUUUUCACAUUUUACCAAAGUGUUUUUUUCCCUCCCCUGUAACAGUGGAGACUAAAAACAAACAUCUUUAGGAAAGAUCAUUCAUUCAAGGACCGUUUUUAUUCAAAUAGCAUUUUUCAGUCAACUUGUGUUCCGGUCAUUCUAGACAACACUGCUGUAGCAAAAUUAUAUAAAAACUGAGCGAAGAAAACUGUUCUCAACACACUAUUUUGUGAGGAUGUACAAUACUGUAAAAUCAAUAAGCAAUGAUUGUUGAAAUCAAAUGUUACUAUUAAAACUAUACUCGUGUGUGUAAGAAAAUGACAUCUCCAUAAAUGUAAAGAAAAUACAUGUUAGAUUAAUUAAGAUGCCCAUAGAAACAAAAACAAUGGACAGGUACAUACAUUAAACAUGGUUUAUCAUAUCCACCACCAUGACCAAAUUCAUAAUGUAUCACCCAUCUGUUAAUUACAAUUAGCCAGGUUAUCAGAACACUGAGAUUCUGGAAUGGUAAGAACAAGGUUAUGUACUACCUUAUUGGUAGAGAGCAGAAUGUCAUGCAGCAUAAGAACUCUGCUUUAUUCUUUGCAUAUUUACAAUUUCAGCUCAUCCUGUGCAAGUGUUGAACAUUGUGUCCAUUGCAUAAUGAUAACUCAUUCAUUACGGUACGUUGUGCAGAUAUCGCAAGGCCAGCAAAUUCAGCUACCAGCACCAAUAAUAUUAUAGAGUAAGAAAUGAUAAACCUUAAUUUCUGCUUAGAUUUCCCACUCUCUGUACUAUAAAGUAGUGAUGCUAGAUUAGUGCUUUAACUUUUUCAAAUGAAGACUGCAUAAAUUACUCUGCUUUGUAUAAACAUUUGUUGUAAUAAAUAUUCAUAUAUUA